AUGGUUUCAUCAAUUGACUUACAAGCAUUAAAUAUUUUCCUUAAUGGUCCAAUCACUCAUGAUAUGAUUCAUAAAUUAGUAGUAGCAACAUUACAAGUUAUACCAUGUAAAGAUACAAAAACUCAAACUUAUACAACAACUAACAAUACAAUAAAACAAUUACCAAGUUUAAUGACAUUUUUAACAAAAUUAAUAAAAUAUACAAAUGUUUAUACAGGAACAUUAAUGGCUACUUUAAUAUAUUUAAAAAAAUUACAAUUAAAAUUACCAAAAAAUGCUCAAGGUUUACCAUGUACAAGACAUAGAAUUUUAUUAAGUUGUUUAAUAUUAAGUAGUAAAUUUCAUAAUGAUUCAUCACCAAAAAAUAAACAUUGGGCAAAAUAUACUGAUGGAUUAUUUAAUGUAAAAGAUAUUAAUCUUAUGGAAAGACAAUUAAUUUAUUUAUUAAAUUGGGAUUUAAAAGUUUCAAAUGAUGAAAUGAUUGAAAGUUUAGGUUCAUUCUUGGAUCCAAUCAAAAAUCAAAUUUUAAAACAAGAAAAAAUUAAAAUUUGGAAAAGACAACAACAAAUUGAAUUACAAUCUCAAAAUCAAGCUUUACAACAACAAAGACAAAGAGAUCAAAAUCAAAAACUUUCAUUAUCAUCAUAUUCACCAUCAACUUCAUCCGUUAUAUCAUCAGUUUCUUCAACUUCCUCAACUACUUCAUCAAACCCACCAACUAGAAACAAUUCAUUUAAUAACAACAACAACAACAAAGAAAAUCCACUAUAUAAUCAAUUACAUUAUAGACAAGAUUCAACAAGUUCAAUAAAUUCAAUGAAUUCAAUGGAUUCAAAUUAUUCAUUAAAUUCUUUAACAACAUCAAUUUCUUCAAAUUCUUUAUCAACACAUUCAAACAUAGCUAAAAAAAUAGAUAAUUUUAAAGUUGAUCCAAUUAUAGAAUUUACUGCAAUGAAAGAAGAAAUUGAAUUAAAUGAAUUAUUAAAAAAAUUUAAUAAUAGUUCAAUUAAAGUUUAG